UGAAUUGGGUCGUGAUGUGAUUGGAUCUGUGACGUCUGUGCGUCUGACUUGCAAAUAAUUUCAUAAUAUUUGUGUAAAAAUAAAUUGUGCCUUUUUAUUCCAUUUCAAUUCAUAAACGGCCAAAACGUUAAAUACGAUACACGCGACUUGAGUGCACUUUGUAAAAGUUUAACAAGUUCUGUUAUUUUAAUUUUAAAUAGAUCAAAAGGUACCUAGUGCAAAAUGAAGAGUCUUCUGAUACUGUGCCUGGUGGUGGCUGCAGUGAGCGCUGUCAACUUGAUUGACCUCAUCCGGGAAGAGUGGACUGCCUUCAAGAUGGAGCAUGGCAAGUCGUACGAGAGCGAAACAGAAGAGCGCUUCCGGAUGAAGAUCUUUGCGGAGAACCGGCACAAGGUGGCGCGCCACAACCAGCGCUACGCGCAGGGCCUGGUGACGUACCGCCUGGCGCCCAACAAGUACGCGGACAUGCUGCAUCAUGAGUUCGUGCACACCAUGAAUGGGUUCAACCGCACUUCCAAGCACAGCAAGGGGCUGUACGGCAAGGGCGCGGAGGUGCGCGGCGCCAAGUUCAUCGCGCCCGCCAACGUGGAGAUGCCCGAGCAGGUGGACUGGCGGCCGCUGGGCGCCGUCACCGAGGUCAAGGACCAGGGCAAGUGCGGCUCCUGCUGGGCCUUCAGCUCCACGGGCGCGCUGGAAGGGCAGCACUUCCGCGCGAGCGGUUACCUCGUGUCGCUGUCGGAGCAGAACCUCAUCGACUGCUCCGCGGCGUACGGCAACAACGGCUGCAACGGCGGCCUCAUGGACAACGCCUUCAAGUACAUCAAGGACAACCGCGGCGUCGACACCGAGAAGACCUACCCCUACGAGGCCACGGACGACAAGUGCAGAUAUAACCCGAAAAAUGCGGGCGCCGACGACGUAGGCUUCGUGGACAUCCCCGAGGGUGACGAGGAGGCGCUGAAGAAGGCCGUGGCCACCGUGGGCCCCGUGUCCGUGGCCAUCGACGCGAGCCAGGAGUCCUUCCAGCUGUACUCGACCGGCGUGUACUACGACGACGGGUGCUCGUCUUCCAACCUCGACCACGGGGUGCUGGUGGUGGGCUACGGCGCGGACGAGGCGGGCGGCGACUACUGGCUGGUGAAGAACUCGUGGGGCCGCACGUGGGGCGAGCUGGGCUACAUCAAGAUGGCGCGCAACCGCAACAACAGCUGCGGCAUCGCCUCCGCCGCCUCCUACCCGCUCGUGUGAGCGUCAUCUACAACUAAUGAAUAGCUCACUAUAGUGCGUUUCAUCGAAUAGUACCUAUGGCGUUAUGUUGGCUCCCCUGUCUGUCCAACUCAUUGCCACCAUAUUUGCAUAAGAAGACACAGAUUUUGUU